AAUGUGAAGGUCGAAAUGUCUUGGGUCCGAAAUGACUUGAAAUCGGAGCUGGGUACCAAUGAAUACUCUUCUCAAAGGAGAAUAUAUAAGGGCAUCAACUUUGAAAACAAAUUACUGGAGAUGGAUCAUUUACCCGAUUCUGGAAAUCCAUGGGCUAAUCAAGAUAAAUCUCUAACGGCCUUAAAGAAAGCUCUUCUUCUCGGUGAAAAGACUGGCCAUAUUGCAAAUAGGAGCGAGUAUGAAGAUGAAAGGUUAGAUGAAGAAGCUCAUGGUCAGCUCCCUUCAAUCAAACUUAUACAAGUGUUAAAAAAGAUGAGCAAGGCAAAAUCAGAGCUUAACAAGAUAAAUUUGGAAAUUCAGUGUAGAAUGCAAGAUAAAGAAACUAGAGAUAUAACUCAUCUGGACAUUCUUGAGAAAAGAAUAGGAAAAAUAAAGAGUUUAAAUAGUCAUAUAGAAUCUGUGAUAGAGAGUAAAGAUCAGCUGAUACAGCGUCUUCAGCAGCCAUUCCAGGGAGAUUACCUGAAGCUGGAGGCACAAUAUCAUAAAUUUGCUUGUGAAGUUUUUCCGCAGAUAACUCCUCUACUAGCAGACCUCACUACCAACUUGGAGAAUAUUGUCUGGGCAAAAUCACUUUCACUGAAAGAUGGAAGACUGGAUGCUAUGAUAUCAGAGUUAUGUAGUACCCUCAGUGCCAUGCAGACCAGCUUUCAGUCUUAUUGCCAAAUACAACAAAGUAUGGGACAGUUACAUAAUCUUCAGACAGGACACAUAUAG